AUGCAGCGUCGAAUGCUCAGCAAAGAGGACGAGGCGGCGACAGGUGGGGAGGAUGUGCAAGUGCGUCGCGAGGACCAGGAGAAAAUCAACAAGUUUAGCACACUUCACCAGAAGGAGGUCGCGCUCGAAGAUGAGUUGAAGGCGAAGCAGAAAGAGAAAGAGGAUUUAGAGGAAAUCAGCAUGGAAUUGGAGCUCGUCGACGAGGAUGAUAAAGUACCAUACAAAGUCGGUGACUCAUUCGUCUCCUUACCGCAGCCUCAAGUUCUCGAGAUGCUCUCCGCAUCUACAGAAAGCAUCGAUGAAGAAGUCUCCGUGCUGAGGGAGAAGAUCGAUAGCAUCCAUGAAGAGAUGGAAGGCUUGAAGACGGCGCUGUAUGGACGAUUUGGAAGAAGCAUCAAUCUGGAGACCUAA